UCAUUUUCAACAUGGUUCGCGUAGCUGAACUUUCUUUGCUGUUUGCCUGCUUUGGGGCGUUGGCAUCUUCUGACACAGAUCUGGACACAUUAGUCCAAGAACAAAUCAAAGGCCAACCGAAAAAGGACGGUUCAUGCACUGCUGCCUGUCCAUAUGGCUGGGUGAAGUUCGAUAAUCGCUGCUUUACCUACUUUGCCAGCCCUUUAGACUGGUACUCUGCCGAGAUUUACUGCGUAAAUCUGGGUGCUAAUUUGGCCUCAAUGCACAACGAAAAUGAAUAUCAGAUGGUGAAGUCUCUUAUCCGUGCUCACGACCCCGACGAGAACCCUGCAUGGAUCGGUCUGUCCGCCUGCCAGAAGAAAUUUGGCUGGGUCUGGUCUGAUGGGACAAGGUUUGACUUCACCAGGUGGAAUUCAAAUGAACCCAAUUAUUCCCAUAAUGGAGAGUGCUGUGUGAACAUCAACUGGGCUUACUCUGUACCAGAGAAGAGAUGGAAUGAUAACCCAUGUGAGGAGACAUUCCCAUUCGUUUGUGUGAAGAGGCUCAAUUAAACUACAACAUCCAGGAAACACGCUCAAAUGUCUGAAAACAAUUCUGGCACUGUCUAAAGGUUUUAAUCUGUCCAAUCCAAACAAUGU